UGUGCACAGAGAGAAACGUCAGUUGCGUUUCGGUUUCGGUCGCUUUUGUUGGUGAUUUUUUUUCGCAAUCUCACAGCAGCCCGUAAAAGCAGUUGAAUUUCAGUGACUUCAGGCUUGAAUCGAGUGAUUACGGUAAUCCGGUGCGGCUCGUCUCGUCGGAGUUGAUUUGCUGACUUGGAUUUACUCACUAUUUGGGCGCUGACUUACAUAAGGAGCGAUUUGUUGUUUGUUUUUUUGGGAAUCAGCUGCGGUGAAGGAACUGUGAUUCAGAUCUCCGAGAAAUUUGCGGAUUAGAAGCAGCCUCGAAGAGGACUAGAAAUGUCCAAAGCUAGUAAAAUAGUGCUCCGAAUCCAGUCUGCAGACGGCACCAAGCGGGUCGAAGUCUCGGACACCGGUACCUUGCGCGAACUGUACGAUGCUGUACAGGCAACGUUCGGCUACCCUGACGAUGGGUUUGCGCUGUACAAGGAGAGGAAUUGCACCAAGGAGCUCGUUUCCAGCCGAUCUCAGUCGGUCAAGGACAGCGCCCUGAAGCAUGGCGAUAUGAUCUACCUGCGCAGCGUUACCGGCCCGUCCACGUCCAAGCAGCAACCGCCGGAGCGCAGCUCCUCGGUAGCAUCGAUCGCGUCCACGAGCAGCUCCUCGGGAGCGACGACUUCGGGUGGUGGUGGUGGGUUCAGCCGCGAGCCUACACCGAGCACUAGCGGCGCUACCGCGCUGCUCAACGGGGAAGACCCGGUCGAUAUCGAGCUGUACAAGCAAGACGGACGCAUUCAGCGGAAGCGCGAUGAGAAAUUAUGCCGUCACAAUUCAAACGGGUGCUGUGUGCAUUGCUCCCCCCUGGAACCGUACGACGAGGCUUACCUCAAGGAACAGAAGAUCAAGCACUUUUCGUUCCACUCGUACUUGAAGAAGCUCACAUCCGGCGUUGACCGCGGCAAGUUCGUUGCGCUGGAAGAUCUCAACUGCAAGAUUAAGAUGGGCUGCCGCGACCAUCCGCCGUGGCCCAAGGGCAUUUGCUCCAAGUGUCAGCCGUCGGCAAUCACGCUCAACCGGCAAACGUACCGUCACGUUGACAACGUCAUGUUCGAAAACACCGGAAUCGUAGAGCGGUUCCUGAACUAUUGGCGCACCACCGGCCAUCAGCGCAUCGGGAUGCUGUUCGGUACGUACGAGGUACAUCCGGAUGUACCGCUGGGAAUCCGUGCCCGGGUGGCCGCCAUCUACGAGCCACCGCAGGAGAGCAACCGCGACUCGAUCCGCUUGCUGGAGGAUGAACAUGCCGUGGAAAUUGAAGAGCUGGCUCGUCAGUUGGGCUUGCAGCGUGUCGGCUGGAUUUUUACCGAUCUGCUGGCGGAAAAUGCCGCCGCCGGAACGGUGAAGCACGUGCGUGGCAUCAAAACGCACUUCCUGACCGCUCACGAGUGCAUUCUGGCGGGCCACUUGCAGAACAAGUAUCCCAACCGCUGCAAGCACGCCUCGAAGGGGCUGUUUGGGUCAAAGUUUGUAACUGUUUGUGUAACUGGUGAUGAUAAGAAGCAGGUGCACAUGGAGGGAUAUGCCGUUUCGGCGCAGUGUAUGGCUCUGGUGCGGGAUAAUUGUUUGAUUCCGACCAAGGAUGCGCCGGAGCUGGGAUAUAUACGCGAGUCGUCCGAUAAGCAGUACGUUCCGGAUGUCUACUAUAAGGAAAAGGACGUCUACGGGAACGAGGUGCAGCGCUUGGGGCGACCCCUGCCGGUCGAGUAUCUGCUGGUGGAUGUGCCCGCGUCCACGCCGGUCGUGCCCCUGUACACAUUCCACGAGCGAAAAGACGUCAGCCAGUACUUCCCGGUCGAGAACCGGCUCAUCGAUGGCCACAUCCAGGACUUUUCCGCGCUGAGCGACUACCUGGCCCGGUCGCGGUCAAUGGACUUUUUGGACGCCAUGUCCGACUUCCACUUGCUGCUGUUCUUGUACCGAAUGGACAUGCUGCCAAUGAAGGCGCAGAUGGGCCCCCUGUUGGAGGCGGUUCGCUCCAAGGACAAAACCAUCGCCAACGAGUGGAAGAACCAGGAGGUGUGGCGAACCCUGGAACAGCUGAUCUCUGCGUACUCCCACAAUGACGAUUCCAGUAUGAGCAACGAUGUGGAAUUCGUUUCCGCCGGGGAGGCGGAACAGAACUGGACCUGCUCUCAUUGUACGUUCAUCAACAGUCGGGAACUGCCAACGUGCGAAAUUUGCAAUCUUCCCAGGGUCUAAUUGUGCCGGUGGUGUUGGGCUCAACGCUCUCCAACAGACAAAUACCGAUGGCUGCCGAUUUAACAACCAACAAGGAAAAAAAACGUGUUAUCUAAAAUAACACCUAUCAUCAUCAGAGAAAUUGGUCUACUAACACCUGUGUAAAUUUUGCCCAAAUAGGAAGAGUUGGAUUAUUUUUGGGACAUCGAUGUUUGCAAAAUUGCUGCAUAUUUAAAAAUAUCAAAGUUAAUCUUUCAAAAUACACAAAAUAGCAUAAAAAA